AUGAAAGUUAUUGCUUCAAUCCUUGCUCUUUCCUCUGCGACAACUUGUCCAAACGCCGCCUGGGAGUACGACAGCGUUAACAGUGUCUGUAUUCCUGCCGCCGACUCGGACUUCGCAUUCACUUGCAAUAGCGCUGGUACAAUUUCUAUCGAUUUUAAACUCGAGCAUCUUUACUCAAAUGUGGCGAAUUCUUUCCUCACGGAAGCACAGACUGCUCUGACAGAUGAUGGCGCUGUUGGCCCGACAAAUGAUGUCUAUACUUACGCGGAUAAAGCGAUGACUUUCAGCCAAGCUAGUGCUGAUAAAAUUGUUGGAACUUUUGUUCUUGCUGGAACACUUUAUACAAGAGACGUUACAACUGAGAGUGGCGACUCAGUUACAAUGGAGAUUUCUGAUCCGAUCACGACGACACUCACGUGCGAAUAUUCCUCGACGAUAGCGACUAGAAGCUACAAUUUGGCAGAUCUAAUGACAGCAACACUGAGCUUCAAUGGGAGCCCGCAGACCUCGUUUGCGCUUGGAGAUCAAGUUGAUGUUGCAAUUACUGAGCCGACGGCAUUUCUUGCCUCGGCGGAAGUUAAACUUGUGGCAUGCACCGUCUACGAAGAUAUCAAUACUCUGUCUCGUCCGAUUGAAAUAAUUAAUCCUCAAAAUCUCGCGAAGGAAAUUCAACUGAUAAAAGACCGUCCCAAAAUCCAAGCGAUCGGAUGUCUCAAAGGGCCCGACACAGUUAUCCGUGCUCCGAAAUUCAAAUAUUUCGUACCCGAGCAACUUUACAAACCAGGAUCGUACCCGGAAUAUUUUUCUGGAGCAGCGUACGUAACAAGUGGAGAAUUCUCGUUGAAACUUGAAGAGCAGAUCGAUCAUGCCCCGGUGAUACCACUUGAUGAUACGUAUAUUGGUACUUUGAUUCAAUCUGCGAAGAUAAGUGAGCAUAUGAGCCGCUCUUUGACAAUUUGUAUGGGCGUUCGUCCAAGUUGGUUCGGAGAGGAAAUCAAAAACAACGAUAUUUGCAUCAUCCGUGGACUCACAGUCGCUCACAAGUACACGGAUCCUGAAUUCAUGAAAUACUCUUUUCACGAUGUUGUUUCGGGCCAAUUUGUAUGCAACGGCGAAGGGCUUUUUCGGGCAUUAUUCAGCAGCUCUACCAAAUAUGAAGUGUCGAAGAACAACUGGAAAGAUGAUGAAGGACUCAUCGGAUCGUUGGCUGCUACUGCCGGGCAUAACAUGAUACUAGAGAAACUCGACAAGAUGCCAAUUAUGCCGGGCACAAAACGAGUACCAGGUGCCACUGGAAUUCCAAACAACGGCAACACAUGCUAUUUGAACGCGGUAAUCCAAUGCCUUUCAAAUACGUCUCAGUUUUCGGAUCUCAUCUGUCGCGAGUUCUGUCGUGGUGGAGAAAUCACAGCGCAAACUUCCGCUCUGAUCCGAACUCUUUGGCUUGGUGAGCCUGCUGGUAAAGCGGCACAGAGUCUCAUUGGAACUGUCGUACGACUCAAUCCGCAGAUUGAGUUUGACGUCCAACAAGAUGCUCAAGAAUUUCUUUUGUGGAUGUUGACAAUGCUCCAUGAGGAUUUGAGAGAGGAUAAGAACGGACUAAGCCGAAGAAACAUGGCCCGCAAUUCCUUCCGUCGCAUCAAAAAUCUUCGAAAGAAAUACGCUCUAGCCCCAUUGCCAGUUUCACCGAUCGAACGAUUCUUCGGCGGCAACUACUGCCAAUCUAUCGUUUGUCCGAUUUGCAAGAAACCGAAACAGAGCUCAGAUCUGUUUCUCACACUUUCGCUACCCAUUCCAGUUGAAACCAAGAAGCAAGCAGUGUAUCCAAUCGUACAUUAUUUGUCCGGCGAAAUUGCCAAAAUCGGAGUUCGGCCAAAUAUUGCCGCUUCCGUUGCUGAUUUCCGCCAGUUGGUCGCAGCGGAAAUGGGUAUUCAUCAGCGGCUACUGACCUUUACUGAAAUCACCAAGAGUGGUUUUGGCCCGAGCUUUGGGGACAACGACGAUGUCAACAGUCUACCUCUUCAGGGGCUGAGGGUUUUUCAAAUUCCCGCUGCGCCAUCAACUGGACGAAACGGACAGAAUGGUAGCACAACGAGAUGGGAGAGCUGUAUUCUCUUGAUAAUUCUAAAAAGCGGAUCUUACGUAAAACAGGAUCCAUUGAUCAUGAGAAUGGCGCGAGAUGCAACUGCGCGCGAGCUGCAUACCGAAAUCUUCUCUCGAAUAGAACAGAAAUACUCGCCCAGGAACGCACCACGCCUGAAAGUAUCCCACCACGAUGGCUCUGAAGAAGCAAUUGAUCCUUCGUUAGAGCAUCCUCUUCUCACUUCAGCUCUGACAACAGCGAUGAAAACGUGUCCAACAGGCUCACCUAUUCACAUUCGCAUCAUUGCCGAAUUCCCACAAGACGCUGUUCACAUGAUCGAAGACCUCAAUGAAAGACGAAUCAAAGAAGAACCCAGCGUUCGUCUAACAGAAAUAUUUGAUCAGCAACAGAGCGAACUCACCCUAGCCGAGUGCCUUGAUCUUCACAUGCAAGAAGAAGAGAUUGUGAAUAAUGGCUGGCUGUGUCAAUACUGUAAAAAGAAAUCGAAAAAGUUCACAAAACGAAUGCAAUUUUCUUCUCUUCCAGAUGUUUUAACUCUUCAAUUCAAGCGUUUCAAAGCUGCCGAUGGUAAACGAUCAAAGGAAUGCGUUUUGUCUAUGAAUCAAGUCAAUUUAUAA